UUCUGAAUGUAAUGCAACAUAUAUUGGUCAAACCGGUCGGAAUUUUGAUACACGUUACAAGGAACACAUAUCCGCUGUUCGAAAUGACCGUCCACAAAGGUCGCACUUUGCAAAGCAUCUCCUAGAUACUGGCCAUAAGCUGGCAGAUAAUCAUAUGUAUGACAUUUUACACACUUGCAAUAAAGGCCUACGACUAUGCGUUUUGGAACAAUUAGAAAUAAUAAAACAUAAUAAGUCAGGAAUUACCUUAUUAAAUGAACAAAUAGAGUUAUCGAAGUCACCACUAAUAAAAAUGUUUGAAUGCGAUGCGAGAUAAAUCGCUUAUAUUAUGAGUAUCUUGGCAACGCCCACCUCUUGCCCCACCUACUUUUUGGUCUAUAAAAGACGAAGCAAAGGUCGAAAACGACACUUUGCAAUUGCACGUUGUAGAGUCAACAUCUCCUGAGGAUGCUCCGGUUUCGGGGUGAAACGUACGUAGAGAGUAUUUUGUCGGACCUGGGUGACGUUGUCGCAUGGGUUCGCCGAAUUUUCGCGGUUGAUAGCAAAAUAAAUAAAUCAUUAUAUAAUCUAAGAUGUAAGCGGGCAAAUUUGUUAGGAGUAUGAAAAGGAUGUAAAAGACCACCCCCUUCGGUCUCUACACGACAUCGUACCAGAACGCUAAAUCGCUUGGCGAUAUACGUCUUUGCCGGUAGGGUGGUAACUAGCCAAGGCAGACCUCCCACCAAAUGACAACCUCAUGAUAACCUCAAUCGGUCCAGCCGAGUGCCUAACCCGGGACUUCCGUCACCUCCGUCUUGUAAAUCCACCGCGCAUACCACUGCGCCACGAUCCACAGAGACCGUCAAUUGGCAGUUAGACACCUUAGUAGGUAUUCACUAAUUGCCAGUUAGACACCUAAGGCGCUUAUGGCACCGAAAGAUAUAGAGGUCACCGUAGUUCACGGCCAAAGUGUUUAUCAGUUCAUUUAAUUUUUCUCGUCCGACGUCGACGUAGAGUUUAGUUUAGUUGUGUAGUGGAUAUUCGUGUGGAAUGAGCUAUUUUGGUGCACUAUAGCAUUUCGGCGUAAAUAGUACCUACUGGUGAAAUUAUAAAACGUGUUUCUUUAAUGUAUGCGAACUGAAUGUGAAUGGAAAAGUUUAGUGUUUUUAUAUCAGAGCGAACUUAAAGUUUGGCGCGACCUUUACUUAAUUAAUUAUGUUUUUGGUAUGUCAGCUGUCUCGUGAUAAAACCAUUAUAAAAAUAAAUACCUUUCUUAUCAAUAUGAUAACACUUCUCGUAUUACAUGCUAAAACCAUGUUCAACAUAUAUAUCUACAUUUUGACAUAAACAACCAGUUUUUAGACCAAACAUAACAUGCCACUAGACGAUUGUUAGGGCUUCUAUUAUCGAGUGACCGUUAUAGGUGUCUCUGUGGUGACUUUUGAGACUUGAUACACGUUUCUGUUGUGAUCGCCAUACAAAUUGCUGUUAAAAUGAGCACAAGAAAAGUUCAAACUGUGAGAGGAGACGUCACACCCCAAGUUCUGGGGAGGACUUUAACCCACGAGCACUUAUGUAUGAAGUUCACCCACUUCUACCGUGAACCUCCGCGAGAGAUAGAGAAUAACUUCAACGAAGGCAUAACAUGCAGCAAGGUGGGCUACAUACGGCAGUAUCCGUACAGCUCGAAGUACAAUCUGCUGCUAAAUGAUGAUGAUGCAAGGGACGCUGUUACGAGUGAUGUUCAACUUUACAAAGCAUUAGGUGGAGGUACCAUAGUGGAAAACUCGACAGUUGGUCUGGAAAGGGACAUUGAGUUUUACAAGAAAGUGUCGGAAACGACUGACGUACACAUCGUCGCUGGCACUGGCCACUACAUAGCUGAUGUGCAAGCCGAUAACACCUUGCAGAGUACUAAGGAGGACCUAUACAAUCACAUGCUGCAGGAGAUUACUGUGGGAUGCGUGGACUAUCCGACAGUUAGAGCUGGCUUUAUGGGAGAGAUUGCUAGCGUAUGGCCUAUGAGAGAUUUCGAGCGCAAAGCGAUAUCAGCAGCGGGCGAGCUCCAAGCGCAGAUUGGGUGCGGGGUCAGUUUCCACCCGCACCGGGAUCCGGCCGCGCCCUUCGAGAUCCUCCGCCUGUACGCAGAGGCCGGCGGGGACGUCAGCAAAGCUGUCAUGUCGCAUUUAGACCGAACAUUGCUCGAUCCAACAAAACUGAUGGAGUUCUCUGAACUGGGUUCAUACUGCCAGUUCGAUCUAUUCGGAGUGGAAGUCUCGUACUACCAGCUGAAUGUUGACACGGACAUGCCUUCUGACUCUCAGAGGAUGGGCAUGGUGCGCCAACUGGUUGACGAGGGAAAGGAGGACAAAAUACUGUUAUCACAUGAUAUUCACACUAAACAUAGACUGACGAAAUUCGGCGGUCACGGCUACAGUCACAUAAUAACCAACGUCCUGCCGAGGUUAAAGCAUAAAGGAGUAACACAGGAAGUUAUUGAUCAAAUAACUAUUCAUAAUCCAGGCAAGUGGCUUACUAUGGCCACUGCAUGAAUUUUUAUUUAUAAAAUAAUCCUAUAAGUACAUCUCGUGCGGAUUAACUUGACACGUGGCUCGAAUGAUGUUUGUACUGUGUUUGUUUGGUUGUGUUUGGUAGACAGGUGUCGAGCUCAUGCGUACGAGUUAUAAUAUGUAACAAUAACAUUUCAAAAAAUACCUUAAUAUAAAUGUCAUAUAGGCAUAAUUAUUUGAUGGUCCAUCAUACGUCUUAAAAUUAAGAAUUGUGUAUUUGGUGGUUAAAUACAAGUUUAUGUACCUAUGUUGUUCUCAUAGAUUUACGAUUCGGUAAUGGUUGUUCUGUUUUGUUUACAUCAUUAUAAGGGUUUUAGAUGGGGGGAGGGAUUAAAUCAGUCCUCUGCCAAAAAUAUAGUCUUCGCCAUAUUUAAUUUGUUAUUCAAUGUUUGUUGUGAUUGUAUAGUAAAAUGUUGGAUGGAUAUGGCAUGUGGCUCAAUACGGUUUUGUCUGGAAUAAAAGAGUCGUAUGUCCAGCUGUGGACGCCCAUACCGUAGAUAGAUAACUACUAUAUCUUUAAUCUCUGCCGAUCAUUAUGAUAAUGAUAAUUGUAAAAUAAAAAAAAUAAUUGUCUAUGUUCAUUCUCGAAAUUAAUUUAAUUAAACAUAGUUAAUAAGUUAUAAUAAAAUAAAAAUAAAUACUAAAAUAAACAAUUUAUUUAUA